GGAAGCAGUCCUCUCUCUCAUUCACCAGCGUCACAGUCUGCCUGCCAUGGCGGGAAGGCGUCCGCCACAGCCACCGCCGCCUGUACAGGACCUGGAUAAGGGCUCCCUAGAAAUAACCCAGAGUACCGAUGAUGACCCUCUGCUUGAUGCACCCCUCCUUCCACCUCAUGCAUUGCAUUCCAGAUUGCGUCCAAGGUUCCAUGCAAUCCCUACAGUCUGUGUGGCCAAUAUGUUGUUGCUUUUGCAUGUUGCUUUUGUUGUUUUGGCUUUCGUAGCAGGCAUGUGUUGCUCAUAUUCUGAUUCAAGUGAAGAUGUCUGCCCUGGAGGCUACACUUAUCCACUUAAGUUACAAAGUGUUAUAAUCUUUGCCAAGGUGAUCCUCUGGAUUCUCCAUGUGUUCCUUGAACGAUACAUUCACUUUCACCACAGCAAGGUUAGAAACAAAGGCUAUCUUCUGAUUUACCGGACCACAAGACACCUUAAAAGACUACCUCUGCUAAUUCAAUCUACUGGUAAUGCAGCUUUAUUGCUGAUAAUGUCAGCCCAGCAUUCCUUUCCUAAUCACAAUAAAAUGUAUCUCUGCUUCAUCCUGGGAAUCUUGAGUGCGGAGCUAAUACUUUCGUUGAUAUGUCUUGUUAUCUACACAGUGAAGAUAAGCAACUUUAAUCGAGCAAAACCAAGACCUGAUAUAAUAGAAGAAGAGAAGAUGUAUUCUUAUCCUAAUCAUAUUACCUCAGAAAUUGGAUUCAGGGACACCUCAAGCUUGGAAGAAAUAGUUGAGAAACAAGGAGAUGUGAUUGAGUACCUUCAACGACACAAUGCCCUACUUAGUAAGAGGCUGCUGGCAUUAACAUCCCAGCAGGGCAGAGGUUAAUGAUGGCCAUAAAGCAAGUGGCUGAAUGAUGUAAGAAAUGCUGGAAAACCUAAAUAUUGAUUUAUCUUCUGGAAGCAAAAAAUGUUGUUUCUGUAAAUUGAACUACAAACUGCUAAUCCAGGUUCUCAACAGCUGUAGGCUUUUUUCUGGCAUGGUGCUGAAGCCUUUUUUUAAAGGACAUAUAUUUUAAAGACAUAAUUCCUUUUAAAAAAAUCCUGUAUUUCAGGAAACUGACAUUAGUCAGGGUAACCCUUUGCUAUUCAUUCAGUUGUCAAUGCUUCUUGGACUUUUCAAACACACUAUUGCAAAUUACCAAAGAUCUUUGUGAUAGUUUAAGAAUCAGUCCUUUUCCAAACCAAUAUGGAGUAAACGUUUUGUUACCCAAAAUAUUCUCAGGAUUAAUAUUACAAUUGAUAUGGCUAUCAUACAAAUUUUUAAAUAAGGAAUUAAGGAUUAUUGCUGUGUAUACUACAGUGUAAGCGGAUGAAUCUGUUAUAUAGCCCUGUUGAUAGUGACCUUCCUUUAUGGAAAGGUGAACAGUUUUCCAAGAACACAGUCACCAUUGAAACCUUGGUGAAUUAGUGAGAUUUCAACAGUAUUCAUUGACAUCAAGUAGCAUUGUUAAAUUCAGGGACUGAUCCAAAGGUGAAUAGUAACAUUAUCAUAUAAAGUCAGAAACAGAAAGAAUAAGGUAAUAGCGGCUAAUCUGGAACAGCGGUGCAGACAGCAACUAAUGUACAAUAUAAGAAUACCAAGAUGAGUCCAGUUAUAUGAAAAGUAAGUUUUUCUGGUUUCAUCAAAUAAUUAGAGGAGUCCAAUGAUCAGGAAAAUCAUGAUAAUUUAAAGGUUUGAGGACUUGUUGCUCACUAUCCCAUUUUCUCUUAUUCCCCCCUUCUAUUUUUUUCUUUCUUUGCAAACUGUUUUGUAUAUUUCAAAGUAUCUUGUAGUAUGACAAAAGUGAUCAUAAUUAAGGGCAAUUGAAUGCCUAUAAACCUAAGAACAUCCUUGUUAGCAUGUUGCAGCUAGAGUUUUUGUAUCUUAACUGUUCACUUUUCUUAAAUUUCAUGGAGGAACUGUUUCCAAUGUGAAUGAGCAACAAGUAUGUCUUGCUUAAUAGCCUUAAAUUCUCUUGAUAAUUUCUUCUUUACUCCUAAAUAUGGAGUAUACACAGACACAGAAGAAAUAAAACUCGGUUUACAGGAAUUCCCACAUCCUUGAUUCUCUGAAAUUUGGAAAUGGAAAUCAAAUUUUAAUGGAAAAAGCCCCCACCCCCUUAAAACCUGCUGCAACUGCUAACAGCCAAUAUUUUAGCAUAUAUGAUAUCCAGUGACUUUCAUUUUUGAAAGUGUUAGUGUUUAAAAUCUAAGUGGAGGUCUUAACCCUCACAAAUGCAUAGCUUCAAGUCUGUGGUUUAUUGUCUCUGAUGCUACUUGUUGGGAUACAUUCUACUUUUAAGCUCUCCUUCCAGCUACAAGCAGCUGUCAGUUGUCUGCUGUACCUCUUUGCUGUUGUCAACAAAGCUGGUUUUGGUGUGUAUAUCCUAGUCAGUAUUUCCAUAAAAAGACAAACAUUUAAAUAGGAGGAUACUAUGAAUAUGUGCUGUGAUCUUAUUUAGCAAGAAGAAAAGUAUACCACCCUGUUAUACUUGAUGUGAACUGACUUGUUACUCCACUUCCAAUGGAACAGGUUUAUAAUAUUGCAUAAGGGAUGGUAUAAGAGCACUGUAACUGGCUGCUUCUAACACUAAUAUGUUUUUGCCUUUUAAGCUGUGCAUUACACACAGCUGGGAUUUUAUAUGGAAGCUAAGGAAGGCAUAACUUUCCUUUUAAAGGACACUCAGGUUUUGUAUGUAACUCAUUCUGGUUUUUGUACUAAAUAUCAUGAAAUAAUAAAUGCAACAAAUCCCCUUA